AUGACCACAGCGGGCUCCACCCUGUUUGUCGCGUUUCGCCUUGCCGGCGUCACGGCGGCGUUCCUUCUCGCACAGCAAGUCUGCGCGACGGUCGCACUGCCAAUUUUUCUGUCACUGCUGGUCGCGUGGACCGUCGGGAUAGACGCAGAUUUGAAAAACUUUGUGGCUUCCGAUAGUCGUGCUGCUUCGAAAGAAAUUUCUUCUGGAAAGCAGAACCAAAAGGACGGCUGCUCACCAGACGAAAAAGAUGAAGAUGACCGCCCACCAGGAGAACCACGAGAAAGGACGUCAUCCUCUGAGCAUCAGAAAAAGCAUCGCAAAAACUCUUCGCACAGCGCUGGUAGCAGUAAGAGCAACGAGUCGUCUGAGGCAGAUCAGUACGUGAAAGUAAAGAGCUCUUCUGCUUCCUCGGCAUCUAGACCAUCCGCAACUUUUUCAGGAGGUGCAACGACCUCAGGAGGUCCAACGCGGCGAAAAUCAAGGACAGAAAGUGAGGAGUCGUUCGAGCUCGUAGACAAGGACGAAGGCGGUGGACCACAACAUGGAAUGAAUAGCAAAAUAAAUGCUAAAACAGGACCAGAGAAGUCCACCUCGAUGGCAACAAAUGAAACAAGGCUUGAUGAACAACAAGAUGAAGACCACUCCGCAUUGAAGAAGCCCUCCUCCAUUCCGGUCUUGAUCACGAAGAACCCCAACAGCGACAACGACGAGCACGAGGAACAGGAGGAUAGAGAAGUACACUAUAGUACUACUGACAUGACACCAAUGAUGAAUACGAAUAGCAAUACAGGAAACGUUUCCACAACGGAGCCAGAGGAGCCAGCGUCGAGCUCGACUUCGAAUUCUCCGCAGUUGCUGUUUCAGCAGGAUGCGCGAGAUGAAACAGUUGAUGAUAAACCAGGUGGAUUAAGAACAACGAAACAGGACAAGAAAGCUGUCUCGGGUUCAACUCCAAGCUCCUCCUCAUCAAGCAAUCCCUCUUCAAACAACAAAAAGGCGACAACCCCCCGCAAAAACAGCAAAAAUCGCGAAGACGAUUCACCGAAAAUGAUCGUCACAAAAGCAGCUGAUUAUGAUUACAACUCCGAUGAUGAUGAAGAUCACGCCAGAAGUAGUGACGAAGAUGACAUGCGUGGUCAGCAGGACCAGUCGUCUUCCCCUUCCCCAAGUACCACACGAUCGCGCAGAAAAAAAUCAACCUCCUCAAGUCUGAAUACAAACCAGCAUACUAAAGCGAGGUCAACAUCAAAUCAACUACGAGACGGCAGCCCCAGCAAGAACCAAAAGCACCUCCUGCCAGCGACCAUCUCCGGGGCUUCGAGCCUAUCUGCUGGUAGCGUGGAGUCGGUUACGGUGAAUGAUGCGGGGGGAGAUGGAGAAAAUGAUUUUCACAAAGCCGCAGACGGGGUCGAUGGGUAUUUCGUGGGAGACGAUUUCACGAUUAAAAAGGGCGAGAACCACGACAGGAGUCCGGGGUCCUCAGUGGAUAUCAGCGAGACCGGGGUACUUAUGAUACGAGUGAUCUUUUUUUGGUCCGACGAGUCAUCAUGCGAAAGAUUAUCGCAGUUCUUGUGCUUGUGCUUGCAUUACGAGUGAGUAAGUUCUUUGUAUCUCUAUCUUCCGUUACGUUGCUGUUACUCCAGGCCCGCGACGCAGGCGACCUGAGUAGCGACGAAGAUGUUGACCAGCGGCAGCCGUCCGCGAAAGAUGACGACGACGGGAACAUGUUCGAUCCGGCAAAGGCCGCAGAGUGCAAAGAGCAGGGAAACAAAUACUUCAAGGCGGGAGAGUACAGAGUUUUAUUCUCUUCAUGUGCAUCCAUGUGCUUGUUGGUACACUACUGUCUUCCCGUGCACCGAAUGCGAAUUACAAUUCUGAUCGUACAUGAUUGGUCUUCUAGCAGCCGUUAGUUCUUUCGGCUGACUGUGCACAAGAAGAACAGCAACGUUCGAAUUUACUCCUGCUGCAAGGGAACAAGAAUCUGAAAGAAGACCCCCACGACUAUAAGAAAUCUACUAACCAGGUUCACCCUCGCCGCGGAGUGUUAUUCCGACGCGAUUGCGUUUUGUCCGACCAGCGAGAAGCAGCUGCUCGCCGUGUACCACGCCAACCGUGCGGCCUGCUACAUGAGUUUAGACGAAGUGGAGAUGGCCAUCCACGACUGCACCGACGCGGUGGAGUACGAUCCGAGUUACGUCCGCGCGUGGCAGCGGAAGUGCACUGCGAACGAGAAAAAGGGACGGUAUCACGACGCGCUGGACGACAGUAAAAAACUCAUGGAGCUCACACCGGAGGAAAAGAAGAAAUCGCCCGAGUACUUGUUACUUUAUACGACUUCUGAAUUUGUUUUCGUUCUUGUUUUAAAUACAUACUUUCAUUGCUGCGCCAUUAUUUUCAGCAGACCAGUGUAGUUUUCGAAUGCGUUUUUGUAUCGCAGGCAGCAUGACCAAUUCCAAUUGUCGAAAUCGUGUCAGGUACAAGGAGCUUCUCCGAAAACAUGCGUAUUUGAAGACGAAAUCGGAGCAGCAAUUCGAGAAGGAGAAGGCAGAAAUGGUCGGCAAAUUGAAGGACCUGGGAAACACAGUGCUCGGCAAAUUUGGCAUGUCGCUCGACAAUUUUCAAGUCCAGCAGCAGGAAGGCGGGGGGUACAGCAUCAAUUUCAAGAAGUAA